CACUAGCGACGGUGAAUGUGACGAUUGGUGGCGAUGGCGAUAUUAAAGAUAUAAUUAAAGAUUUCUAAAUGACAUGAAAAAUCGUAAAUCACUUGAUACGAAUACCGGCUAUAAACGAGGAACGAAACAAAAGAUUUACCUACAAAGAAGUGAUUUGAUUCCGUGAAGCAACAUGUGCACUUCGGACCUACGUAGCUGGCCGAUUUUCAGUUUACUGGAGUCAGAGUUCGUUUCGCAGAUUCAUAUGGUUGUGGUAUACGGUAACUUGGGUAAUGAAGCCUUAAUCAUGACGAAAGACAAGAUGAUGUACGCCCUAGGUAACAACAUCGCUGGUUGUUUGGGAAUCGGAGAUACACAUGGUACUCUAUAUCCUAAGAAGGUAGAAGCCUUAUGCGAAAGAGACAUAAGAAUGUUCGCAUAUGGCAGUGGACCUCAUGUCUUAGCACUCACAAAAGAAGGAGAAGUGUAUGCCUGGGGUCACAAUGGUUAUGGCGAAUUGGGAAUUGGAGCAUCAAAUCAGGUUGUCACGAAACCUGUUCUAGUGACUAUGCCUAUUCUUGAAGGUCUAGGCAUGAAGCGCGUUAUCGACAUUGCGUGUGGGAGUCACCAUUCCAUCGCUCUGACUGAAGAUGGUGAGGUGUAUGCUUGGGGACAAAAUAAUUGUGGACAACUGGGCAGCAGUAUCAGCACAAAUCAGGUCACACCUAGGCAAGUGAACUCUGUCUUGGGUGGGAAGAAAGUUGUCUGCAUCUCAUGUGGCCAGACCUCUACCAUGGUAGUCAUUGAAAAUGGUGAGGUAUACGGUUUUGGCAAUAAUGGCGUCGGCCAAUUGGGAAUAGGUAACUACGCGAAUCAGACAUCACCAUGGCAAGUCGGUUCGUUGAGAGGCAUUGUGAUAGUCAAAGUAGUUUGUGGAUAUGCUCAUACGCUGGCGCUCACAGACGAAGGGAAGCUUUAUGUCUGGGGCGGAAAUAGUUAUGGCCAAUUGGGAAUCGGCAACAAGACGAAUUCCUGCAAACCAGUCAUGGUCGAGCACGAAAUGGGAAGGGUAUCUGACAUCGCUGCUAUGCACUACAAUCACAUAAGCGUCGCCGUCGGCGAAGGAGGACGUGUCUACAUGUGGGGUCACUGUCGUGGUCAAAGCAUCACUAUCCCAACCUCCACUCCAUUCUCCAACGUACACGACGCGCUUGCGUGUUAUGGAUCACCGAGCGUUAUGCAUAAACCAUUGAUCCUGUACGCGAACGAAGAGCCGAAUAUAUUGCAAUGUCUAGGAUCUGCAUUCGAUGAUCCCUCUACAAGCGAUCUCAAGAUACAAGUGGAAGAACAAUGUAUCCACGUGCACAAGGCUAUCCUGAAAAUUCGCUCUUCAUAUUUUAGAACCAUGUUUCAACAUGAUUGGGCAGAAAACAAUCAAAGUGUCAUCGAGCAUGAUCAGUUUUCCUACGUUGUCUACAAAGCUUUCCUGAAAUACUUGUACACUGACGUGAUCGAUUUACCCAUGGAGAAGGCGUUAGAACUUUUGGAUCUGGCCAACGCUUACUGCGAGAGCAAUCUCAAGAAGCAUUGCAUUUGGAUGAUAAAGCAAGGAAUUACUGUAUCGAAUGUCGCCUACUUGUAUAGCAUUGCAAUCGAGUAUAACGAAGAGGAACUAGAAGAAGUCUGCUUUAAGUUCGCCUUGAAUCACAUGACGGCUGUGACAAAGACGGAAAAUUUCGCCAAGCUAGAUGAGAAUACGCUGAAAACCUUUAUAAUUAAGGCGGGUGAGGCUGGUGUUUUUAGAACAUAAUUUAUCUAUUUGCAUCAAGAACAGUGUGACAUGACAAUGCACGAGUCUGUCUGUUGCCGAAUAUUCGCUAGGCAUUUUAUAAUCAUAUAUUCUAACUAAUUAUUCCGAAUUUGAUUCCUCAACUAUAUUUCGCAUUUAGUAUUUUAUGUAAGUAAUAAGUGGACACGAAUUGCGUUCAAUCAUGUGAACUAUCUCGCGUUCCGAUAAAUAAUUUACAAAAGAGAUUCCUUUGAUGAUCUCAGAAAAUGUGAUGUUUUUUUAUUUUGCAAAGGUACCUGAGAUAAUCUUAGAUUUCAUGUAUAUAAACAAAGAGAAAAAAACGCCACUUGGUAAGAAAAAUCAAUCUCGCGUUGGCGAUGGCACUAUUUGCAUGACAGAUUAACGACGCGUAAAGUCCGUCAAAUGAUUGCGAAAACUUUAUUGUUCCGUUUUCUUUUUAUCAUUUCUGUGAUAUAGCGUAUCAGUGCGUGUUUACCACGAUCACGUCAAUUUUGCCAAUUUAAUUCACCAGCUGUGAAUUUUAUAAAAUUAAGUAUGUAUGUAGAAUACAAUAUGACUACAUUGUAAUAAAAUUUUCUAAACCGUCAAUGCUGUGCCAUUGUUUGCCUUCAUUCUUAGCUGCUCUUUUGUUCGAUAGUUUUAUGCUCUCAUGAUGUAAGAAGACCAGAUGAACCAAAUUUUAGGGAUGCGCAGUUAUUCAACGUAUAAUGACAUUUGUAAUCAAUCGGAAAUUGGUCAGAAGUUUUACAAGUCAAUAUAAAGCCACUAUUAGAAAUUUGCCACUAAUCAGAAAUUUAUCUCAAAUUAUAUUCAG